UGCUUGUACAGAUGAAAAACAGAGAGGUUGGAAGGGGGAAACCGAAAACGAAAAAGCUUUACCACGCUCACUCACCAACCUUUUCACGUUUUGACGUUAUGAUUAUUAGCGUGUCUCUGAUUGUCCGUUGAUAUCUCUUUUCUCUCACCAACCCCGAAUCUUCAACUACAGUUCACAGAGAGGAUCAACAAAACAGGUCAGAGUCAUGGCUGCUUCAGAAGCUGUUCUGCAAGUUGUGUGUGGUUCAAGUUCUUAUGAUUUUCAUAAUGUGACGUCCAAUAAAUCCAAGGGAUUUAACACAAGGAAAAGAAGUUCAGUGCAUGUCCAAGCACAGAUUAGUUCAAGACCAUUCCGUGCUUCUAAGGGGAAGCAUGUGUUUCAUGGUACUAAUAAAUUGGAAUCUCUUGUUUGUAACUGUAAACGGGUUGAAAGUGUCAAUGGAGAUACAAAUAACAACCACGAAGGUGCCCAGUCUAAGUUGGAUAAAAUACAGAAUUCAGGUUCUCUUGAUGAGAUUGUGACUGAUAGUACACAACGUGGAGAAGCGAUGGGAUUAGAUGUUGCGGUAAAACAUAAUAAUGGAGGUUUUACAUCUAAGGACAAGUUGCAUAUCGAUGGACUUAGUAGAGAUUCAUUGAACAAGGUCAGCGAGAAUUCGAUAGAGGAUGAAGCAUGGGAUUUACUGAGGAGCUCUAUUGUUUAUUACUGUAAUAAUCCCAUUGGAACCAUUGCUGCUAAUGAUCCUAGCAGUACUGUUAUAUUGAACUAUGAUCAGGUCUUUAUCCGUGACUUUGUUCCUUCUGGGAUAGCUUGCCUCUUGAAAGGGGAGUAUGAUAUAGUGCGGAAUUUUAUUCUUCAUACCCUUCAGUUACAGAGUUGGGAGAAAACCAUGGAUUGUCAUAGUCCUGGGCAAGGUUUGAUGCCUGCUAGUUUCAAGGUGCGGACGAUUCUCCUAGAUGGAGAUGAUGCUGCAACUGAAGAUGUCUUGGAUCCUGAUUUUGGUGAAGCUGCAAUUGGACGUGUUGCACCAGUUGAUUCUGGAUUAUGGUGGAUUAUAUUGUUGCGAGCAUAUGGAAAAUGCACUGGAGACCUAUCUGUGCAAGAGAGAGUUGAUGUGCAAACUGGAAUUAAGAUGAUUUUAAAGCUGUGCCUGGCUGAUGGUUUUGAUAUGUUUCCUACUUUGCUGGUUACCGAUGGUUCAUGUAUGAUUGAUCGUCGGAUGGGAAUACAUGGUCACCCUUUGGAGAUACAAGCAUUGUUUUAUUCAGCACUACUUUGUGCACGUGAGAUGCUUACUCCAGAAGAUGGAUCAGCUGAUCUUAUUCGAGCCCUUAACAAUCGUCUAGUUGCAUUAUCAUUUCAUAUAAGGGAGUAUUACUGGAUUGAUAUGAGAAAAGUCAAUGAAAUCUACAGAUACAAGACAGAGGAAUACUCCUAUGAUGCUGUUAACAAAUUCAAUAUAUAUCCAGAGCAAAUUCCUCCAUGGUUGGUUGAAUUUAUGCCAAGCAAAGGAGGCUAUUUGAUUGGUAACCUGCAACCGGCUCACAUGGACUUCCGGUUCUUCUCCCUUGGAAACUUGUGGUCCAUUGUGAGUAGUCUGGCCACUGCAGAACAAUCACAUGCAAUUUUAGACCUUAUUGAAGCAAAAUGGGCAGAGUUAGUAGCUGACAUGCCAUUCAAGAUAUGUUACCCUGCUCUCGACGGGCAGGAAUGGCGGAUUAUUACCGGAAGCGAUCCCAAGAACACUCCUUGGUCCUACCACAAUGGAGGGUCAUGGCCAACUUUGCUCUGGCAGCUUACUGUUGCAUGCAUUAAGAUGAAUAGAGCAGAUAUUGCUUCAAAGGCCGUCCAAGUUGCUGAGAGGCGCAUAUCAAAAGACAAGUGGCCUGAGUAUUAUGACACCAAGCGAGCUAGAUUUAUUGGGAAGCAAGCACGGCUUUUUCAGACUUGGUCUAUUGCUGGAUACCUUGUGGCGAAACAACUACUUGCCAACCCGGAUGCCGCGAAGUUCCUCACUAAUGAAGAGGAUUCAGAGCUGAUAAAUGCCCUUUCUUGUAUGAUCAGCGCAAACCCAAGAAGAAGGAAACGUGGUAGGAAGAAGCAGAGUUUCAUAGUUUGAGUUGAUAGCGAGAAAUUUUUGAUUUAGUUUUGAUUUGAUUUGGAUAGUGAUAUAUGUUUUGCAACAUACUGUUGUAUUAAAGUAAUAUUAAUUACCAAGAUAUUAUUCCUGUAGAUAAUUGUGCGAAAUAAUAGUGAUUUCAGUUCAGAC